CUUACCUAAGCAGGCUGUCCGUUCAGCCUGGUCCAGUCCAACCCCACCACAGUCUCACAGCCAACCAAACUUCUACUUCUACAAUCUCUUGACCAAACCCUCACUCUCCUUUCCUUUCCCUUCUUCAUCUCAUUCCCUUCGAUCCAUCACAAAAAUUAUCAUCAACCUCCAAACAACAAACAACCUUCAAACAUGUCGCAACCUCACCACGAUCUAUCCCGGAGACAAAACCAAGCCCAACAACAGACAUUCGGAUGUCAAACUUAUCACUCCCCCACCCCGAACCAGGUCGUCGAGGCCUUCUCGACUGCCACCCUAGAAUGGGACCCACACUGCUUCGACUCGGCCAAGAAUAUUGACAUCUACCUCCAAUCACUCGAUGUAGCCCAGCCGAUCCAUGUGUGGAAGAACGUGGUAGCCUCCAGCGCCAAACUGUCGACCCAAUUCAUCCCCGAUUGGUGGAACAGCACCCAAUCCGUCUCCCUCCAGCUCGUCAUCACCCCCUCCGACCUGCCCCUAUGGGCCGGCCUCGGUCCAGGGCCGAUCUUCUUUGCUCACUUCAAUGGCUCCAUCCCCGCCGGCGCACCUACCUCGGCUCACGACGGCAAACAGCUCGGAGGCCCCAGCAUCGAGUACAUUACCGACCUCUUCCAUCGCUCCCACCACGCACUCAGUGGUGGCAAGCUUGGCGCAGCAAUCUUCUUACCCCUCUUGGCCGUCGCCAUCGCUAUCUCGAGCUAUAUCUUCAUCUCCCGACGCAGAAGUGGCCAGGCCAGCAAACGCUGGAGUGAGUACGUCGACAAGCGGAUGUCGGUCAUGGGCUCCCAGACCUGGGACAGCCCCAUGGCCGGAUCGGACCCCCUUCCCUCCGUCCGAGGGAUCCCCGGCAGUCGGGUGGCUUCCAUGUACCGCCACUCAGCCUCGCUUCCCCAACGAGACUCGAUGAUUCAUGCUCCCAAUGCCAGGCUGAGCACCUUCAGUCUCAACCGUCCCGUCUCAGUCAGACCUCCAACCCUUCCUGGUCACCAUUCUCGUAACACCUCCUUCGCCGGUAGUGCCGCCAGAGUCUCCUUCGUCGACCGUCAAUCCGGGAUCUCUUUCCCUCGUCCAGGCUCAGAGUUUCACCCCAACCCCAACGAGCCGCCAGUCGCUCCUUUCCGACCUGCCCAUCAAGCUACCUCGAGCAUGAGCAGGAGCGUCAGCAACUUGCGCUUCGAACUGGACGCCAAACCGACCACUGAUUCUCCAUCUUCUAGUAAAUCGAAGCCGCUCAAAGUAGACACGGAGGUGCUAUCGGACCGGGCCUCGAGUGCGGGCUCCUCGGAUAAGCAGUCGGCCUCGGGGAUGCGCCGCCUAGACGGAGCCUCGACACUCAGUCCGGACGAGGCCCUUCGCCAGUACACCCUGUUCCGUGGCCGCGACGAAGAGCGCGCUUCGACACCCAGCAACGCGGCCAGAGCCGACCGAGGCUCGCCCAAGUGAGACUAUUGUCUCCCCUUCGACGCCAUCACCCUCCCCCUUUUACGACUCCUGCGCUUUACAACCUUCUCUCUCUCUCUUCAUUCAAACUUAAAUGCCAAAUUAACGAUCACACGAAACAGUCAUCAACCGU